GCGAGAUGGCGUUACUUCCAGGUCAACGUUUCAACCACAAGACACGGCCGCCUUGAAAGCAUUCAAUGAUUGGUCAAGAUGGCGGAUAUCAACCUGCAAAAAAUCCAGAAUGAUCUUGUGGCCAUUGCCUACGAGGCAGGGGCCAUGAUCAUGGCGGCCAACCCGAACAGCAUCUCGACCGACACGAAGCUGAAUUCUGUCGAUAUCGUGACCGAGACCGACCAGGCCGUCGAGAAGCACGUCACCACCCGCCUACAGACCCUCUACCCGACCUUCCUCUUCGUCGGCGAGGAGACGUAUGUCGCAGGCACGACAAAGAUCACAGACGAGCCCACCUUCAUUGUCGACCCCAUAGACGGCACCACCAACUUCAUCCAUGGCUUCCCCAACGCCUGCAUUUCCCUCGGCUUCGCCGUCCGCCGCAAGCCCAGCGUCGGCGUGGUCUACAACCCCUUCCAGGACAAGCUGUACACGGGCGUCGCGGGGCAGGGCGCCUACGUGCAGCGCAACGCCUCGCUAGCCGCGCGCGGCAUCCUCAAGGACGGCGGCGAGGGCUGCGAGAGGGUGCGCCUCCCCGCCGCGGGCAACGGCGACGGCCACAAGGCCCCCGCGCUGGGCGACCUGUCCACGGCGCUCGUGGCUGCCGAGUGGGGGUCCAGCCGUGACGGGGCCAACUUCGACGUCAAGGUCGAAACAUUCCGCCGGCUUGCUGCCAGCAAGGAGACGGGCGGCGCCAUGGUCCACUCGCUGCGGAAUCUGGGCUCUGCGGCGCUGAACCUGUGUGUCGUUGCCGAGGGCGGGCUGGAUGUGUACUGGGAGGGCGGUUGUUAUGCUUGGGACGUCUGCGCGGGCUGGUGCAUCCUCGCUGAGGCGGGUGGCAUCAUGGCGAGUGGCAAUCCGGGGGAUUGGGACCCGCCGUUGGAUUCGAGAGUCUAUCUCGCGGUGAGGGGCGCCCCUAGCGGGCAGAAGGAGCUCAUAGAGGAGGUGUGGAAGGUUAUUGGUGAUGGGAGGAUGGAGUACAAGCAUUAGCCAGUCUUUGCAUACAUGGGUCAUCUAGGCUUAAAGUUUGAUAAAGGACUAUAUAGAUCACCAUCUAGACACGCGUUCGACUCGUCA